AUGACUGCCAAAUCCCCAAAUCUCUCGCACCCCUCUCUUUUCUCUUCUUCGGCAAUCUAUCGUGUCGAUCUUUUUUCUCUUUGCCCACCCCUGUUUUCUCUCCUUCAGCGGCGACAGAUUUCUCGCGCUCUUCGCUCUAUUCUCUCCUUCAGCAAUGACAGAUUUCUCGCGCUCUUGUCUCUGUUCUCUCCUUCAGUGGUGAUAGAUUUCUCUACAUCUACAGAAUCCUUUUUUCUUAUUUUCCUUUUUCUAGCAAGGGGAUUUGUGUCACGGUUUCAGAUUUACACUGCGCUUCUCAUCUCAUCUCGGCAAAUUCAAAUGAUGGGCGGCAGCGAGAAUCUGCCGGAUGUGCAGGGCAAGAACAGCAGCAAGCUAGUAAUCAUUUUCUGCGACUACGAACAUUGCGAUGACGAUAAAUGUUAUUGUUGCGAGAAUUUACCGAGUACCCCAUGCUUCCACACCUGGGAAGAGUGCCGGGCAAAGUGUCCAAAAUGUGAUCCUACUUGUUGAUCAUUAUCGAAUCUAUCUUGUGAUAGUUCCAAAUAUGUUAUAGAUGAAUCGAUGAUCGAUCGAUGUAGAAUAAAGGACGAUUAGAUAUCACAAAUAUGUGAGAGUAACAAUG